GCCCACAGAUAUGUAUCUUUUCUAUGUAGCGUUUAUAUAUCGUGCCACCUCCGAAAUCAAUGUCAACAGCUCUGUUCUCUUCCCUUUCUUAGUUCCUCCCCGAUAGUAUAGCUUCAUUGCACCGGACUGGUUGUGACGCAAGUAAGGAUAGCAAUCUUUGAGCAAUCGCGGAAAAGAUGGAAUUGGGAGCCGGGCAGUACGGCUGCUCGCACUACAGGAGGAGAUGCAAGAUUAGGGCGCCGUGUUGCGGCGAGGUGUUUGAUUGCCGACAUUGUCACAAUGACGCCAAAAAUUUGCUUAAGGUCGACCUGCGUGAUCGGCAUGAGAUUCCUCGCCAUCAAGUACAAAAGGUUAUAUGCUCUCUGUGCAACACAGAGCAAGAUGUCCAACAAUAUUGCACAGAGUGCGGGGGUUGCAUGGGAAAAUACUUCUGUGCUAAGUGCAAGUUCUUUGAUGACAAUGUCUCUAAGAAGCAGUAUCACUGUGAUGGAUGUGGCAUCUGCAGAACCGGGGGUGAGGAGAAUUUUUUCCACUGUGAUCGAUGUGGUUGUUGUUAUAGUAACUCGCUGAUGGAUUCACAUCGGUGUGUUGAAAGAGCAAUGCACCACAACUGUCCAGUUUGCUUCGAGUACCUGUUUGACUCGACGAAGGAUAUCAGCGUUCUGCCUUGCGGUCACACGAUACAUUUGGAGUGCGUGAAGGAGAUGAGGCAGCAUUCCCAGUACUCCUGCCCUGUCUGCUCAAGAUCAGUUUGUGAUAUGUCCAGUGUCUGGAAGAAGCUUGACCAAGAGGUUGCUUCCAUACCAAUGCCGGAAAUAUAUCAUAACAAGAUGGUCCCAAUACUCUGCAAUGACUGUGGAAAGAAGUCUAGUGUCCGAUAUCAUGUCCUGGCUCACAAGUGUCCAGGCUGCAGCUCUUACAAUACCAGACAAACAAGAGAUGGUCCGUCCACAUGUGUAACAGUCUGAGGAUGUCACUCGAUGAUGGUGAUUCAUGGUCAGAGAACUUCUCAGAGAUGAACUCACCUCUGCUCUGCACGAUAAGGUUUGGCACGAGGGAAAGGUUGGCACGGCAGAUCGGUGUACAUAUUCUUCUGUGUUCGUACGUCUUCCUUCAGUCAUCAGAUGCUGAGGAAUAAAAGGUUAUCUGUCGAUGUAUCAAGUAAGCUCUCCCGGCGACUAAUUUCUAUGGUGAAUUAGUUUGUUGUAGCUCUUUUGCGAUCAGUUCGGGGCCUUAAUAUAAGCUGCUUCUCUAUCUUGAUAGACAUGAUGCCUUUUGUUGUAUCUGUUGCUUAGGCUGUGAGACUGUAUCCGUAGUGCAUUAUUCCAUGUGGAAGGGUGUUGUACACCAUGUGCACAAGAUGGUGAAACUGGCAUUCCAUCUCUUCCGAUAAUAAUUUCACAUGACUCACAUAAAGGUUAGAAUUUCUCUGGAAUAUAUGAGUGUUCUUUAUUA